AUGAAAUUAGUUCGUUUUUUGAUGAAAUUAUCACAUGAAACUGUGACUAUUGAACUCAAGGAUGGAACGUCAGUAACUGGAACUAUAAUGGGUGUAGAUGUAGCAAUGAACACUCAUUUGCGGGCUGUAAAAAUGACACCAAAAAAAAGAGAACCGAUUACACUGGAUACACUUUCAAUUAGAGGUAAUAAUAUUCGGUACAUUAUAUUGCCAGACUCGAUCCCACUCGACACAUUACUGAUUGACGAUGAGUCUCACAAGAAAGCUAGUCGUGGACGUGGUCGUGGUGGAAUAACCCGUGGCGGUCCUCGUGGACGAGGCAGAGGUAGAGGUGGUCCUCGCGGGAGAGGCGGAUUCCGUGUUGGGCGUUGA